AGUUCAUCCCACUGCAUUUACUUAGAACAAAAUUUGGAUCACUGAGUAGUUCGUUUUCAUUUUCACAACAAUUUCUUCACCAAUUAAUAUGAAGCUACUGUCAAAAAGAGGAAACCAGAAGACUUCAGACACUUUUGAGUAAUACUACCAGCUGGGAGGACUGUGCAGAAGUUGCAAGUAUCUGCUUAAUCUGAAGAAAUAUCACAGAAAAAUAUGGUGAGAAAACAGCAGGCAGCAGAUGAAGAAGCUCCCCCUGAUUCGUAUUACCACCGCCAAUACGGGGAAUCAGAACUGAGAAUCAUCCUUGUAGGUAAAACAGGAGCUGGGAAAAGUGCAACAGGAAACACCAUCCUUGAUGAGAGAGUGUUUGCAUCCAAACUGGGAGGACAGACAGUAACUACGAUUUGUAAAGCUGGCAGUAGGAUCUGGAAUAGGAAGACGAUUCGAGUGGUUGAUACUCCUGCAAUUUUUAAUCCAAAGAUCUGCUGUACAGACACUUACCAAGAGAUCAGUCGCUGUAUCGCACUCUCUGUCCCAGGCCCCCACGUUCUGCUGCUGGUGACCCAGCUGGGCCGUUACACUGCAGAAGACAAGGAAGCAGUGAAGCGAAUACAGGAGAUUUUUGGAGUUGAAGCCAUGAGGUACAUGAUUGUCCUGUUCACCCGUAAAGAAGAUUUAGGGGAUGGUUCACUGAGUGACUAUGUGAAAUACUCAGAUAACAGAGAUCUCCAGAUGCUGAUUCAAAAGUGUGGCAACAGAUACUGUGCUUUCAAUAACAAAGCAACUGGAGCAGAACAGAAAGAGCAGGUUAAUAAGCUGAUAGAAGUAGCUGAGAGAAUGGUGCGGGAGAACGGAAACUCAUAUUAUACCAGUGAAUUAUAUUUCAAGGCAGAGGUGAUGCUCAGUGAUGAUAAUGGAAACUUUGAAGAAAAAUGCAGAAACUUUGGAGAAAAAGUGAAACAGCACAUAGCAAACCAAAGAGAUGCAGCAGAAGCUGAGCAGCGUUGGCAUAUGAACAUUGCAGGGUGUGCAGAAGGUCAGCAGUGUCAGACUGUUUCGGACCAGUGUGCAGAGGGCAACAUUCCAAAGUUUGAAAAUGAUUCAAGCUCUCAGAGUGGCUCUAGUACACCCAUAAGGAGAGGAGCCGUGGGACAGAGGGAGGAGAAUCACGGGACUUUGGAGUUUGACCAGAAUUCUACAAGCAUCUUCCUGGCUUGA